CUCAUAUUUAUAUUUUAGGGAAAUCUAGAUCGGAGCUAAUGGAUCUCACAUGCUCGUUUGACGAGAUUAUAACAACGACCAGAUUCAUAGAAAACGUACAAAAUAACGCUUAAAAACGGGAGCAACCUAUAGAUAACGAGGCAAGGGAAGAAUAUAUAGAAGCCGGCGUCUCGUCAUAACCACUUAACCUUUAGUACAAGAUGAAGAGAGCAGAGCUUGUGUUCAUUCCUACCCCUGGAAUGGGUCACCUCGCAUCCACCCUUGCGUUUGCAAAGCAUUUGCUUGAUAGAGAUGACCGUUUCUCCAUCACGGUUCUCGUCAUGAACCCAGCAUUUGCCCCCACCAACCAUAGCCUCGUACAGUUUAUCGCUGCCUCCGACACCCGUGUAAGAUUUAUUCAUCUUCCUCAAGUAGAUCCUCCCCCGAAAGAGCUUUUCUUUAAGUCUGUUGAGAAAUUCAUCACCGAGUACGUAGAGAACUACAGAAGUCAUGUCAAAGAAGCUAUCAUCAACCAUGUGUUAUCCGCUUCGCUUCCACUUGCCGGUUUGGUGGUCGAUUUGUUCUGCUCCUCCAUGAUUGAUGUGGCUCACGAGCUUGGUGUCCCGUCUUAUGUCUUCUUUACCGCUAAUGCUGCCUUUUUUGGCUUCAUGCUCUACCUUCCAACCCGUCAUGACCAGGUGGGCAUUGAGUUUAGGGAAACCGAUCCCGAGUCAGUCAUUCCGAGUUAUGUCAAUCCAGUUCCUCCAGGUGCUUUGUCUUCAUUUGCGCUCAACAAGGAAGGUGGGUACAUCUGCAAUGUAAACCAUGGUAGAAAGUACAAAGAGGCCGAUGGUAUUAUUAUCAACACGUUUUCUGAGCUGGAAUCUCAUGCGGCAAGCUCUUUUUUUAACGAUGGAACACCUCCGGUUUACACAGUGGGACCGAUGAUUGACCUCAAGGGUAAGGCGCCUUCAGGGGAUAAUCAGGCCAAGCAUGAGAUAAUGAAGUGGCUUGAUGAUCAACCUCCAUCAUCAGUUGUUUUCUUAUGCUUUGGAAGCCGGGGGAGUUUUGGAGAACCCCAGUUGAAAGAGACUGCGCUUGGGCUCGAGAGGAGUGGCCACCGGUUUCUGUGGUCAGCACGUCUGCCAUCUCGAGAUGAUGGGUUAGCCAAACCUACUGAUGCCGAGAAUCUCGAGGAGAUCUUGCCACCCGGAUUCCUGGAAAGAACCAGAGGUAUUGGAAUGAUAUGCGGAUGGGCUCCACAAGUGGAGGUCCUUGCCCACAAAGCGAUCGGAGGGUUUGUGUCCCAUUGCGGGUGGAACUCCAUCUUGGAGAGCCUGUGGCAUGGUGUACCUAUUGCUACUUGGCCACUUUACGCGGAACAGCAAACCAAUGCAUUCCAGAUGGUAAGGGAUCUGGGGUUAGCAGUGGAGUUGAAAAUAAAUUACAGGCUUGGUAGUGGCGUGCUUGUCAUGGCCGAGGAGAUAGAGAACGCAGUGAAAUGCUUGAUGGAAGCUGAUAGCGAGGUGAGGAAGAGGGUCAAAGAGAUGAGUGAAAAAAGCAGACAGGCUGUGAUUGAAGGUGGAUCUUCAUAUGCAUCACUUGGUCGGUUGAUUGAGGCUAUGAUAGCAAAUGUUACAGUACCUGCGAGGAAAUUUUAUUUCUUGUUAUUUGAGAGACCCCACCAGAACUUUUUAAAGCUGGUAUUUAGAGACUUGCACACUAAUACAACAGAAACGAGGACAUUUGAUAUGAAGGUAGCGAAAAAUCACAUGGGCCAUCAUUGUGUUUUCUUUAAUAUUCCGACCGGGAAUGAAGGCGAUUUGGAGUGGGGAGACAAUGUGAGGCAAGUUGGAUUUGAAUAUGUUUGCCAAAAUCUUGGUGAUGAUUUUAUAGACGACAUUGGUAAGACUCGGACAAUAAUGAUGGGGUGCGUUUGGGUUGGGGUUCUUUGGGAUCAAAGCAAUAUUUGUAUAGUUCAUCUGUCUGAGGAGCUUUCUAUUUUGGAAGAAGUUUUGCACAGUGGCAAAGAUAUUCUUUUUAUAAUCGUCCAAUAGUGUUUAUAUAAGAAAGCAGUCAUAUUGUUUGGCCCCGAAGCUUUUUGAGUUAGGAUUUGUUUUAGUGCAGCAAAUAUCUCCUCUUCAUUUGGCGUGACACUAAGAUAAACAUUAUUUGAAUCCGUGAUUUGCUUUUUAAAGAGAUUAUCAAGAAGUCUAGGGAAAUUUGGUGUUGAGGUUGAGCAUAUGGACUAGAAAUUAUUAAUUAAAGAUGAUUCAAUAAUAGUUUGGUCUAUUGUCUAAUUACCUAAGCCCAAUUUGAGAGAGUCGAUGGCAUUCCUGUGUCUCUGAAUGGCUGUUGAAAAAUGAUAGAAUUUGGCGUUGGGGUCAGUCGAUGUUAACCAUAAA